UCAUCCCUUUCCCCAUCUCUUGUUCAGUAAAACCCUGAACCCAAAACCUGAAUUUUGAAACAAGAACACCGCCACAUAUUUUAUGAAUGGCCCUUCUUCUCAAUCUCAAGCCUAGUAUUACUUCGCUUAAACGCAUGGCCUCUCGUUUUAAUGCCCUUUCUCCUUCUUCUCUUAAUUACUUCCAUUCCCGUGCCCGCUCCCGCUCCACUCUCGCUCUAUCCUCUUCUAUCUCUCUCCCUACGCCCCCUUUCAUAUUUCUUACCACCGGUGAUGCAUUGAAAAAGGUCUCUAGCAACUAUCCACCAUGUCAUGCUGUGGUUCCGAGAGCAUUUAUGUCAUCAAGCGUCAGCAUCGAGGCUGUUCGUGAGAGUAAGGCCUCAAAAGAAUAUGGUUCGGAUCAGAUUCAGGUACUGGAAGGGUUAGACCCUGUAAGGAAGCGACCGGGCAUGUACAUUGGAAGCACUGGUUCUCGUGGCCUUCAUCAUUUGGUUUAUGAAAUCUUGGAUAAUGCUAUUGAUGAGGCACAAGCAGGAUUUGCUUCAAAGAUUGAUGUCAUUUUGCUUGCAGACAAUUCAGUGUGCAUCACUGACAAUGGACGAGGGAUCCCAACGGACAUGCAUCCAGCGACAAAAAAGUCUGCUUUGGAGACUGUCUUGACGGUUUUGCAUGCUGGUGGCAAGUUUGGUGGUGCCAGUAGUGGUUAUAGUGUGUCUGGUGGACUACAUGGUGUUGGUUUGUCGGUUGUCAAUGCAUUGUCUGAGGCCCUUGAAGUGACAGUAUGGCGUAAUGGUAAGGAGUAUAAGCAGAAAUAUUGUCGUGGGAAGCCUAUGGCAAAAUUGAUCUCUCGUGAGCUUCCGGCUGAUAUGAAGGACCAGCAAGGGACUCGUAUACAUUUUUGGCCGGACAAAGAAGUAUUUACAACAGAAAUUGAGUUUGACUACAACACAAUAUCUAGCAGAAUCAGGGAGCUUGCUUUUCUAAAUCCUGAGGUUACAAUUGCUCUUGAGAAACAGAAUGUGGAUACAGAGAAGACGCUGCAUAAUGUGUACAGCUAUGCUGGAGGAUUAAUUGAAUAUGUGAAAUGGCUUAAUACAGAUAAGAAAUCUUUGCAUGAAGUCGUGGGAUUCAGAAAAGAAAUAGAGGGAGUCUCAAUUGAUAUUGCACUUCAAUGGUGUUCGGAUUCUUAUUCAGAUACAUUAUUAGGAUAUGCUAACAGCAUUAGAACAGUUGACGGGGGUACUCACAUUGAUGGUGUCAAAGCUUCAUUAACUAGAACCUUGAACAAUCUUGCAAAGAAGUCUAAAGUCAUUAAGGAAAAAGAUAUUACUUUAAGUGGCGAACAUGUAAGAGAGGGCCUGACUUGUGUGAUUUCCGUGAAAGUUCCUAACCCAGAAUUUGAAGGACAAACAAAGACGAGAUUAGGAAACCCAGAGGUGAGGAAGAUUGUUGAUCAAUCUAUUGUAGAGUAUCUUACUGAGUACCUGGAGUUGCAUCCUGAUGUCCUUGAUGCUAUCCUGUCUAAGUCCCUCAAUGCUCUGAAGGCAGCAUUAGCGGCAAAGAGGGCCAGAGAACUGGUAAGACAAAAAAGUGUCUUAAAAUCAUCAUCCCUUCCCGGGAAGCUUGCUGAUUGUUCAGCUACUGAUCCUGCAGAAGCUGAGAUAUUCAUAGUCGAAGGAGAUUCAGCUGGUGGCAGUGCUAAACAAGGUCGUGACCGCCGAUUUCAGGCAGUGCUACCUCUACGAGGUAAAAUUUUGAACAUUGAACGCAAAGACGAAGCUUCCAUGUACAAAAAUGAGGAGAUUCAAAAUCUAAUUCUUGGUUUGGGACUUGGAGUAAAGGGUGAAGAUUUUCGGAAGGAUGCGCUCCGUUAUCACAAAAUUAUAAUAUUAACAGAUGCUGACGUAGAUGGUGCUCACAUAAGGACACUGCUAUUAACCUUCUUCUUUAGGUAUCAGAGAGCUUUGUUUGAUGAAGGUUGCAUCUACGUCGGUGUUCCUCCACUAUAUAAGGUUGAGAGGGGGAAGCAAGCACACUACUGUUAUGAUGAAACGGAACUCAGAAAACUGCAGAGCUCACUUCCUGCAAAUGCAUCAUACAACAUUCAGAGAUUCAAAGGUCUUGGGGAGAUGAUGCCUUUACAACUGUGGGAAACUACCUUGAAUCCCGAGACUAGACUUCUGAAGCAAUUAAGAGUAGAGGAUGUGGCAGAGGCCAAUGUUGUCUUUUCGUCUCUCAUGGGAUCUCGAGUUGAUUUCAGGAAAGAACUCAUUCAGAACUCAGCCAAUGCGGUCAAUCUUGGUCAUCUCGAUAUAUGAAUGCGAUGUCGCGGAUUUGUAGGGCAUUUCGACUGUGAGUGCAAUUUGGGGAUUUUGCAGCAAGGACGUUUGGAUGAUUUCAUCUCCAUUCCCUUUUUUUUCUUUGUAAAAUAUCAGCAAAAUAUCCCUACCAAAUUGAGGGUUUCAACAAAAUUACUUCUUGGCAUAUAAAUUGGUUGUACCUUUUAUUCAAUUGAUUGAAAAAGGUGCUGCAUUAUUAAUCUAAA